UUGAGUUAAAGCGGUAAACUAAUCUUUUAUUAAUUGCUGUUUAAAGAUCGAAUCUGUUGAUUCAUGUUAUAGAUGCGGCAUGGAUUGCCGACAUGUCACCGAUGAACAGCGUUGACAUGUUUGCAGGUUUAACGCGGAUAUCACACUUUUUAUUCAGUCUUCCUGUAGAUCACAGCAGAGGAUUUGACACGUGCUGCAAUUGCACUGAGGUCUGCUCCUUGUCAGUAACAUGUCUCUAACUCAAUGGGUUUAGUCCCUGUGUUACCUGUUUUCUUCUUCUAUAUAAGUUGGCCAAAAAAGUUGCCCAUACGCGGUUACAACUUAAACAAAAGACUUUAAAGUAUUUUGUCGCCAGUUGCCUUUCCAGCUGUCCACUGCACGCGCGCGUGCCUCUAGGGUGGACACCUUCUGAGCGCGUGAAGUCCGUUCUUGAAGCGCGCGCUCACUCCUCACUUGUUCAGUGCAGUUGCGCCCUGAGUGACCGAGCAGCGCAGAAUCUCCGCUCUGCUCCAGGAUUCCCUGGGAUAACUACGCACUUUAUGCCAGCUGUGAUUGUAUGAAGGCGGCUUCGUGGAAUUUCGAAGGUGGAAUUGAGGAAAAAGCACAAUUAGGGUGUCCAAGGCCGGACUUCAUCAUCACUUCCUGUUUCUUUACGAGUGGCGAUGGUGAUUGACAGAUGAUCUGACAGAGGAAGACAUCAGACUCCGUCUCUGCGCUGGUUAUUAUGGGGUGUGUCUGUUGCAAGCACAAAAAGUCUGCCAAAGAAGCAGCAACAAUAGCAGCAGCAGACAUUGCAGAUCUGUCUCCUAGCAACAUAGAUGGAGGGUUGUCCAUAAGUCAAGGCCGUUACUGCCCCGACCCCACUCAGACCAUCCCGGAUUUCAACAAGGGCUUUUCCUCCAGCGCCAUCUUCACCAACACCAAUGCAAACCAGCGGCCCGGAGGUGGAGGAGUCACUCUUUUUAUAGCUCUAUAUGACUACGACGCUCGCACUGAAGACGACCUCACGUUUCAGAAAGGAGAGAAAUUUCAGAUCAUCAACAACACAGAAGGCGAUUGGUGGGAGGCCCGCUCAUUGGACACAGGCCUCUCAGGUUACAUCCCCUCCAAUUACGUAGCUCCUGUUGACUCCAUACAGGCUGAAGAAUGGUAUUUUGGUAAGAUGGGGAGGAAGGAUGCUGAGAGACAGCUGCUGGGCCAGGGCAACCAGAGGGGUACUUUCCUCAUACGAGAGAGCGAGACAACCAAAGGCGCUUACUCCCUGUCUAUCCGCGACUGGGACGACAACAAGGGAGAACACGUGAAGCAUUAUAAGAUCCGUAAACUAGACAAUGGUGGCUACUACAUCACCACUAGGUCACAGUUUGACACAGUGCCGCAGCUGGUAGAGCACUACACAGAGAGAGCGGCAGGGCUGUGCUGCCGUUUGAUUGGCAGUUGCAAGCGGGGUAUGCCUAAGCUGGCCGACUUAUCAGUGAAGACCAAGGAUAUGUGGGAGAUUCCCCGCGAAUCCCUGCAGCUGAUUAAGAAACUUGGCAACGGCCAGUUUGGAGAAGUCUGGAUGGGCAGCAAUGAUGGGCUGUGUUAUUACCUGACCAAGCCCUGUCCAAACAGCACCCCGCUCACCUUGGGCCUUGGGCGGGACGCCUGGGAGGUGUCUAGAGAGACGCUGUCCAUGCAAACCAAGCUGGGACAGGGCUGCUUUGGGGACGUUUGGAUGGGCAUGUGGAACGGUACCACCAAGGUAGCGGUGAAGACUCUGAAGCCAGGAACCAUGUCCCCUGAGGCCUUCCUGGAGGAGGCUCAGAUCAUGAAGAGACUCCGCCACGACAAGCUGGUGCAGCUCUACGCAGUCGUUUCUGAGGAGCCAAUCUACAUUAUCACCGAGUUCAUGAGCCAAGGAAGUUUGUUGGACUUCUUAAAAGAUGGUGAGGGUCAGAGUCUGAAGCUGCCCCUGCUGGUAGACAUGGCUGCACAGAUUGCAUCUGGAAUGGCGUACAUCGAAAGGAUGAACUACAUCCAUCGGGACCUGCGAGCAGCGAACAUCCUUGUUGGGGACAAUCUGGUGUGCAAGAUCGCUGACUUUGGCCUGGCUCGGCUCAUUGAGGACAACGAGUACACUGCCAGACAAGGGGCGAAGUUCCCCAUCAAGUGGACGGCGCCAGAAGCAGCGCUGUACGGACGCUUUACCAUCAAGUCAGAUGUCUGGAGCUUUGGCAUCCUGCUAACUGAGCUCAUCACUAAGGGACGGGUGCCAUACCCAGGCAUGAACAACCGUGAAGUUCUGGAGCAGGUGGAGAGGGGCUACAGGAUGCCCUGCGCCCCAGGGUGCCCCACCUCGCUCCAUGAACUGAUGCUGCAGUGCUGGAGGCGCGAGGCUGACGAGAGACACACGUUUGAGUACCUGCAGUCCUUCCUUGAGGAUUAUUUCACCGCCACAGAGCCGCAGUAUCAGCCGGGAGAUAACCUGUGACCACACACAAACACACACGGGGGACAGAUGUGGAGCAAUAAAAGGACAAACAACCAUUACACACAUAUUAAAUUACAUAUCAUUGCAUUGUUUGAUUGUUUAUACAGUUUCCUCCCUUUGGUUGUGAACCACUGCAAACCGUUCAGGACAAAUCACUCCACCAUGUUGAGGUGAAAGUCGGAGCUCUGCUUGUCAGGCCUUGCAGUAAUGUUGCUUUACUCUGUAGCCAUGACAACAAGGAACUGAAAGAAGAUGUAGAUGGUUGUGUUGAGGUGGGGGGAAGUCAGUUUGGUACAUGAUGUGUUCAGUUUCCAUGUAUGUUCAGAUCUUUUGAUGUCUGUAACUGAGAAAAUAAUUAUUAGCCAUUUGUUGAACUAAGAUAAAAAAAAAAGUCCAAAGGGUUUCAGACUACAGUUUAAACAACAUCUUUCAAAAAAAUGUAAAAUGAAGCUGGUGAACCUGCAUUGUAACUGAGGACAUUAUGCACACAAACACAGACUCCCCAUGUCCAUCUUAAAGGAUGCGCUCAAUUUAAACAAUGCACCAACAUGUGCCUUAAAGUGGUCAAAUAAAGGGCUGUUUUAGAUUAAAAUACCUUUAGUUCAGUCUGAGAGAUGAUAAGGAAUGCUCUUUGUUUGACUGUUAAUGUUAAUAACAAUUUUGUAUGAACUGUCUCAUUUGUUGUUUUAAUUUAACUCAGACAUAUCUGAGCAUCACAAAGAUUCCUAUAUUGAUUAAGCAUGUAUAGCAAACAGUUUCCAUCUGUUAGGAGGCCAGGGAGAAAUGUUGAAUACAAAGGGGAACAUCAAUGUCUGUAGACUUUGGAAAGUAAGUGUUUUAAAUGUUUGUGUAACCUUCAUGUUGAUAUUCCCCUGUCACAUUAUUAUAAUAAAGCCAUCUUUUUCGGGUUGA